GAGCCCCGCGUGGGCCGGGGCCAAGCAGGACUCCCUCUGCGGCCGGGCGUUCGGGCGGCGGCAGGCGGACGCCCAGGCAGACGCAGGACCCCCGGGGGCGCCGUUGCGGGGAUCGAGGGGGCGGACCUUCCGCGCCGCGGAGCUGGCUGGACGGCCUCCGAAGGCUGUUAGUCCACGGCUGUGCUGGAGCAGGCGGCGCCGAGGGGAAGCUGCCGGGGACAGGGGGCGUGGGCGCAAGCAGGAAGCCGGGAGGACGGACCGGCCCUGGGGACGUCCUGCAGAAGAAGUUGGCACCGUCCGUCGCAGGACCGCACACCUGCCUCCCUCCAGCGAGGUGAGCUAGCAGGUGUGCAAUAGCGGAUGGGCCGCAGCCACACCUGGGGCCCCGCCCGGACCGCCCACGUGUGAAAACCGGACCGCUGCGGCUUCACCCUCCGUCCGCCAAACCUCAGCGAGAUGCCUUUUGUGAUCCAGUUAGCAAACCCCGUGGCAAAGCGGUUGGGAGGGGGGAGGAGGGAUGGUAGUUAAGGCUAACUUGGCUGACACGUCGUCACAAAGCCACCACAGUACCUGAAACUAAAUUGGGGACAGUGUUAGAAGGGCUGCCCAAAGUAUCAUCUACAAAGGCCCCUGAAGAGCUUUACACGGAUGCUAAGAUAAGAUCCACCUUGCUGUGAAAGGUCACUCUCGGUUUCCGCUACAGAAAGGGCAGGCUAGCUCGUUAUGACCAACCCUUCCGCAACAAGGGAGUGAAGCAUUCCAGAAAGGUGCCUCCACACAGCCUUUUGGGGCUCUGCAGCGUUGAUGUGUGUUACACUGGGUGCUCGGGGCUCUCGUGCAGCCACCCCCUGAGAAGUGCAGAAGUGUCCAAGUCCAUCCUCUGGGGGAUCCUCAGGAGACCCAGUCGAAAUGCCCUGAAGAGACGGUAGAAAUAUGGCCCGCCGGGGUGGGCUGGUGAGGACUGAGGACGAAGGGAAUGCUGCCCUCGGCCAGGACACACACCACCAUGAGCAGGAUGUUUGUUGGUGGCAAGUGAACUUCGACCACUUCCAGAUCCUUCGGGCCAUCGGAAAGGGCAGCUUCGGCAAGGUGUGCAUCGUGCAGAAGCGGGACACGGAGAAGAUGUACGCCAUGAAGUACAUGAACAAGCAGCACUGCAUCGAGCGGGACGAGGUGCGCAACGUGUUCCGGGAGCUGGAGAUCCUGCAGGAGAUCGAGCACGUCUUCCUGGUGAACCUGUGGUACUCCUUCCAGGAUGAGGAGGACAUGUUCAUGGUGGUGGACCUGCUCCUGGGCGGGGACCUCCGCUACCACCUGCAGCAGAACGUCCAGUUCUCCGAGGACACGGUGAGGCUGUACAUCUGCGAGAUGGCGCUGGCCCUCGACUACCUGCGCAGUCAGCACAUCAUCCACAGGGACGUCAAGCCCGACAACAUCCUGCUGGACGAGCAAGGGCACGCACACCUGACCGACUUCAACAUCGCCACCAUCAUAAAGGACGGGGAGAGGGCCACCGCACUGGCGGGGACCAAGCCAUACAUGGCUCCGGAGAUCUUCCAGUCCUUCGUCAGCGGUGGCAGCGGCUACUCCUUCGAGGUGGACUGGUGGUCGGUGGGGGUGCUGGCCUACGAGCUGCUACGUGGAUGGAGGCCCUACGACGUCCACUCCAGCAAUGCCGUGGAGUCCCUGGUACAGCUGUUCAGCACGGUGAGCGUCCAGUACGUCCCCACCUGGUCCAAGGAGAUGGUGGCCCUGCUGCGGAAGCUCCUCACUGUGGACCCCAAGCACCGAGCCUCCAGCCUACAGGACAUGCAGGCGGCCCCAUCGCUGGCCGGCGUGCUGUGGCAGGACCUCAGUGAGAAGAAGGUGGCACCGGGCUUUGUGCCCAAUAAAGGCCGCCUGCACUGCGACCCCACCUUCGAGCUGGAGGAGAUGAUCCUGGAGUCUAGGCCUCUGCACAAGAAGAAGAAGCGUCUGGCCAAGAACAGGUCCCGGGACAGCAGCAGAGACAGCUCUCAGUCUGAGAAUGACUACCUUCAGGACUGCCUUGAUGCGAUCCAGCAAGACUUUGUGAUUUUUAACAGAGAAAAGCUGAAGAAGAGCCAGGACCCCGCGAGCGAGCCGCCGCCGGCCCCCGGGGCCGGGGAGGCUGCGGAGGACCGCGAGGGGACGCGCCCCGCCCUGUCCAUGUGCGGCCCCAUCUGCCCCUCCCGCCUCACCGAGAGUUAGCUCCCGCUGCUUUGCAGACCCAGGUCUGCCAGGAGGACAGGACGGGGUGGCGGGCAGAGGCCCAGCGUGGACAUUCCCCGCCGAGCAGCCCGGCCCCUCCCAGCACAGACCCCGGGCCUGGUGGCCGCGCUGCUCCCUGGCCUUGUUUGCACGGGGACGGGCUGACUGCCGAGCCUGCUCGAGGGCUCUCCGUGGCCCAUGGCAACCGCCGGGAGUGGGGGACACGCCCCGGUGGCUCCAUUACCUGCAAUGGUGGCAGGAGGCCUGCGGCCUCCGCUGGUGCCCCCCCCACCCCCACCCCUCCGGCCCACCACUGGCAAGCCACAGAGGCUCCAGUGCCACCAGCCUCAGCUGUACAUAAGCCCUCCGCACCGGCCCCGCCGUCGGCUGCCGGACGUCCGUGUACUGGCUCCCCGGGGCGCACGGAGUCUCGUGCGGAAAGGUGAGGAGUGUUUUUAUAGACACAUUGUUCUGGCGACUUCUGCUGUGUUUCUGUACAGUUGUCACCUCUGAGCAUCACGACCUAAGAGCUGC